AUGUGCCACCCAAGCGAAGCGUCCGACCUGCCUUUCUCGUACGGCCGCCGGAACCGUAGGCCCGGGAGCGACCCUCUAUCGUCGCUCCAUCGCCCAUUCCCCAUCCCCAUUCUUAUUCUAAUUAUCAUGACCAUUGGUUCCUCCUCCUCCAAAACGAGCGCCACCAUCAGUCACCACCCUCCCUCCUCCUCCACCACUUCGUCCACCCAGGCCUGCGCCGCCUGUAAAUACCAGCGCCGCAAAUGCCCACCGGACUGCACCCUAGCCCCGUACUUCCCCGCCAGCCAGCCCCGUCAAUUCUUGAACGCCCACCGCCUCUUCGGUGUGAGCAAAAUACUAAAGAUGAUCCACCAUAUCGAUCCUCGUCACCGUCCCGACGCGAUGCGCUCCAUCAUCUUCCAGUCCAACGCCCGCGCCCAGGAUCCCGUCGGCGGCUGCUACCGCAUCAUACGUGACUUCGAAUGCCAGCUCCAACGUGACAAUGCCGAGUUGGCCCUCAUCCACCGUCAGCUUGCCUUUUGUCGGGCCCGGGCCCGGAACCAAGCUAAUCUAUCGCCCGCCGAUCUUAAUGAUCUUCCUGUUCUUCUUCCUAACCCACCUGACGAUGAUGAUGGUGGCAGUGACCACGAUGAUUACGGCUAUGCCGAUAAUAUGUCUCUGAGCAUCACCGAUAGCCUUAAGAACAGUAAAAAUGGAUUGAACCUGCCGGCAUCGCAGCAGCAGCAGAAGAAUUGUGCGGUGGAGGAGCAGAAUGCGAAACCGGUCGUAGAUAUGUUUGACGUCAGGCAGGAUAUUGCCAGUGGAGACAGCUCGAGGAAUAACGCUGAUGCCUGCACCAGGACCAAAAUGAGCAAAAGGAGACCCAGACAUGAUCUGAGCGGCGCAGCCUCCUUGUUGACCCUCACAAACAGUACGGGGGGUUGGAUAACCAUGCCUUAA